ACUCGGGCAGAAGAGCCAGUAGUGCAACCAGCCAUUGAGCAGGUCCCAGAACCCUACGAGGAUGCCCAAGGCGUAGACCUAGAGAAGGGCAACCAGAAANACCCCGACCUAGAUCUUGUACACAUUCAGAGCCAUGCCUCUGCACACGACAUACCCCACAUCCCAUACCGUGAAUCUGGAGACGAAGUCUACGACAAAUUCAGCCAUUCAAAGAAGAUAUGCAUAGUGUCGGUCCUGGCUUUCUGUUCUUUCUUGGCCCCCAUGGCAUCUACGACAGUUCUUGCUGCCGUACCUGAAGUGGCGGCAACAUACAAUACCACUGGUACACUUAUCAAUGCCAGUAAUGCAUUAUAUAUGCUGUUCAUGGGACUGUCUCCGAUGUUCUGGGGCCCAAUAGGUCAAGUUUACGGACGAAGAUGGACACAAUUACUGAGCGCCAUCUUCUUUGCUGGCUUCUCUAUUGGUACUGCAUUGGCUCCCAACUUAGCUUCGUUCUUCAUCUUCCGCAUCUUGACCGCCUUCCAAGGCACUUCCUUCCUUAUUAUCGGUAGUUCCUGCAUUGGCGACAUUUACCGUCCGACAGAGCGAGCAACUGCAUUGAGUUGGUUCUUCUCAGGCACACUUAUUGGACCCGCUAUGGGUCCCCUGCUUGGUGGUAUCAUUGUCACCUAUAAGAGCUGGAGAGACAUUUUCUGGCUACAGACUGGACUAGCCGUCUUCGCGACUGUGCUAUGCUGCUUCUUCCUCCCAGAAACCAUUCACUAUAAGAAAUCCGUCGAACUCGAAGGUCUCAAGAAGAGUGAAAAGGCGAAAAAGCUUUGGUCAUGGACCAACCCUCUACGAGUCAUCAAGCUAUACCGAUACCCGAAUCUGCUUUUUGUUGGAUUGGCGUCAAGCAGUCUUGUGUUCAACAUGUACAGUUUACUGACACCGAUUCGAUACGUCAUCAAUCCUCGCUUCCACCUCACCUCGCCAAUUCAAUCAGGACUCUUCUAUAUUGCUCCCGGAUGUGGCUAUCUACUAGGAACAUUCUUCGGAGGCCGCUGGGCAGACCGCACCGUACGCAAAUGGAUUGACAAGCGCAAUGGUGAGCGCGUACCCGAAGACCGACUGCGAUCUUGCCUCGUUUUCAUGGGCAUCAUUAUCCCUGGAUGUAUGUUGAUCUACGGAUGGUCAAUCGAGAAAGACAAGGGUGGUAUCCCUCUACCAGUCAUCGUCAUGUUCAUCCAGGGCGUGGCACAACUCUUCUGUUUCCCGUCACUCAACACGUACUGCCUGGACGUGAUGCAGAAGCGGUCUUCUGAAGUGGUCGCUGGCAACUACAUGAUACGAUAUCUAUUUGCUGCUACUGGAACAGCUGCAUGUCUACCUGCGGUCGAGGCGAUCGGAGUAGGAUGGUUCAGUACGAUCAGUGCGGCAUUCUUGUGCAUUUCAGCAGUCUUGACUUGGACGGUCACGGUCUGGGGACGUGGUUGGAGAGAAGACAUACUUCGCAAGAAAGAAGAAAAGAAAGCACGAAAGCAGGAGAAGGGAGGCAGUACA